AUGCGUCUGAGAUACUCUCUUCACCUUUGGGGACUGUUUGCCGUUCCCGGUGUCUUGGCCCAAGACAUCGAUUACUCGGCUGCCGCGCAGUCGAUAUCUGCUGAAUUGGCCGGUCCCUCGUUCGUGCCCUACAUACGACCCACCCAAAAGAUCCUGGAAUUCAUCGCCGUUGGUGAUUCAUACACCGCAGGUACCGGUUGCAAUGGAAUAGAUGAAAAACUAGGUGGCGAUGCCAUUCGUGGGCAACCUUCCACGCCUAUACUGGCGACAAGGCAACGACGCGAUGCUCUCUACAACAGUAUAUUGAACGAUUGCAUAUACAAAGCCUAUAAGGCAGGCGACUGCCAGAGCACUCUCGAUAAACUUCAAGACGAACUUGACAGCGGGAGCUUUAAGGAUAAAGUCAACUUGGCCCUAUACCAAGUAGCACAUGCAGGAAGGCAGGCCGGUGGUUCCGAGCCUCGUGAAAGCUUUCAGGUGUUUGUUCUCGAGUAUGUUACCUUCUUCGGCAUGGGUCCCGAAUGUAACGAUUAUACCUGGUCAAUCUGGCCAGGUUGGUGGAGUGAGCAGCCUAAACUCACUCUGGAGCUCCGCCAGCAGCUGAAUGACAAGGUCCGCCAGGUCAACGCGGCCAUCAAAGCGGCAGCUGAAGAUCUCAAGGCAAUGGGCGUCAUAUAUGUGGAAGGAAUCCAGGACGCUUACAAUGGCCAUCGCUACUGUGAAUCAGGGGCCUCCCGGGACAUGACGGAAUACAGUGUGUGGUUCUGGUCGCCAAACAACCACAUCAACACCCCGUCUGAAGGCCCUGGCGACCCCAGCAACGCUGCGUCAACGGACCGCGUCGACCUUGCGCAGGGCCUGCUUGAUUUCAUGUUCCCCGGCCAGGGCAAGGUGGUUCCUACAGCAGAGUCUGUCAACAGCACGCCACCGUGGGAAUGGGAGGGCGCUGAGAAGUACCCGGACUGGCAGUCACUGCUGGAUGCCCUCCACGACGCUGCCGGUGACGAUGCCAACGCCCAGAAUCUAGUGCCGCUCCAGUACAUGCGCACGUUUCAUCCCAAGGCAACGGCGUAUGCUACGCACGCCGAGGAGCUCUUUGCCGCCAUUGCGAACAACAGAGGGGCGGCUGGAGCGGCUGGUGAUGGAGGCCAGCAGAUUGCUAUUGCCUCAUACAUCAACCCUCUCGCAGACCCAGCUUCGUGGCAACGACUCCUCGCAUACGACACCAAGAAGGUCACUGUAAUGGUUGCAAAUGUCCUGAACGGUCCGGACUAUGUGAUCGAUGACUCCUGGAAAUCGGUGAUCGACCAAGCCGCUAGCCAGGGUAAAAGGAUCCUUGGCUAUGUUCGCACGGGCUAUCUGGGCGUAAGUCAACAACAGUUCACGACCCGACUAGGCUCGCAUGACCUCGCAGACUGGGCUUCACAAAUUGAACAAGAUAUCGACAAGUGGUAUGAGCUAUACGGUACCAGUCUCGGCGGUAUAUUCUUCGAUGAAGGCUGGCCAGAAUGCGGCCCCAAUAAUAUCUACGCAGAUCUAUACGCAUACAUCAAUAAUUAUACAAAGCGAAAACACCCUGGCGCAUACACAGUCCUCAAUCCUGGCUCCCCAAUUGCUCAAUGCUUUGAAGACACUAUGGAUACGCUGUUGACAUUUGAGAGCAGCUAUGAGACUUAUACGAACUCGUUUGUACCUAAUGAUUGGACGCCAAAGGAUCCGCGAAAGAUAUGGCACAUCAUCUACAAGGUACCACAGAGUCAGAUUACAAGGGUUGCUGCCCUUGCUUCGAGCCGCAAUGCAGGUUUGCUAGAAAUUACCAAUGAUGAUCAACCCAAUCCCUACGAUAAUCUACCCGACGAGGCUUACAUGCAAGCAGUCAUCGGGGCUGUUCCGGGUGGUACGCCUCUAAUUGAUGACCCUGCCGAAGCCACCAACUCCUACGUUGCUGGCCUUCCGAGCGACGUGAUUGUCUCUUCUUCCGACUAUAGCUCCGUUACCCUCAUCUGGUCAUCAGUUCCAGAUGCUCUUGGCUACGCGGUGUACAAGAACGGUGCACAGAUUCUAGAAGUGCCACCUUCAUUGACCCAGGCUACGGUUGGCAUGCUCGAGCCAGGAACCUCUGGCAUCACCUUCGAGGUACGGUCAAUCUUAUCGUCGAACAGUGGAGGUAGCCCCCGGACAAUCACAGCGAGCACGAAAAGCCUCCCGGAGGAGGUUCCAUACGCGUUCGUGCGACUUUUCAUUGGCAUCAACCAACCCAGUCAUGGCGGAGUUCACGGGUGGCCAAUUCAGGUGCCAGGCGUGGACGCCCAAGGUGUCGCGUGGCAUGAGGUUGUCAACUACCUUGUUGAAGGGAACGACUUUUACUCCGGCCUUUACAAGUACAGUGGCGCUUGGGACGACACUAGCAAAGUCAAUGCGGAUUGGACGUGGACCUCUAUCGGUGAAGCGACUCAGUCUCAGGAUGGUUACACGUAUACUUGGAGUGUACCGCUCGCUGGCACUGAUGCUGUAGCCAGCGAGUAUGUGAUACAGGGUCAAGGGUAUGCCCCAAUCAAGAAUAUAUUCAAAGGGACCCUUUAUUCCUACAGGGAAUUGUGA